AUGUGCUUCAUUCACACCACCCGGCUCGUCUGCAAGACAUGCGGCCAUCAAAACGCCAUACCAAGAACAGCUCCUUGCAGUGAGGCCAACAGUGUUGAGAAGCCAUGCAAGAAGCAGCGUAUGCAGACAACUACCUUGAUCGAUGUCUCCAAGUGCCCCCAGUGCAAGACUAAGGCGGCCAAGGCUAAGGAAUGCAAGACUGAGGCGAAGGAGGAAUGA